UUAAAUUGGUUUUAGGUUUCGAAAAACUUUUAUGAAAAUAUCACUUUACGUUUGUAGUUCGAUUCUUCGGAGUUAUGGAUUAAAAUUACAAUGUCAAAUGGUUAAAUGUUUAAAAAGAUAAUUGAGUUCUCGCGAGUAUCACUUUAAUAUCACAAAGCGAAGACGUCGGACUCGUCGCUCUUUCGUAAUAGUUGAUCGGCGACACCGAAUGGUCGACGGUAGAGGUGUCGGCCUACCGCACUGGGGAACCCGGAAUCUAAUCCGAACGGGUCGAAAAAACCUGAGAAAUUUUUGGAUGGUGGUCGGGCCCCUUCCCUCACCACCCGGCCCGUAAUGGACUGACUAAAAGAGGCCUUCUUAGUGUCUACGGAGCGGAAAGAAUUUAGAAAAUAUAAUAAUAAUAAUAAUAAUAAUGGAUCCGCAUUCGAAUUUCGUCGGAAACACGACUCUCGCUCUGAAUAGCCUUUUUAAAAAGAGAAAGAAAAUGAAUAAAUUAAGAAUUACUCUUUUGAUUUUUUAUUUAUUAUUUAAUAAUAUUUCGUAAUAAACUGCAAUUUAACAAUAAAAAUUAUAGAUAGUUUACUUUUAUUGUUCUGUACUGUACGUAUGAUUAUUGACGUCAAUACCCGAAAGCGAUGAGGAAAAUUAAUCAAUUGAAAGCUACGAUUCCGAAUCAAAGCCAUAUUUUAUACGAAAAAGGAUACCUGAUCGAUUCUAUUAUUGGUAAAGGCACUUUCGCUACUAUAAAAAAGGCAUUUUCUAUCGAACGUAAAGAAAAUGUAGCUAUAAAGAUUAUUUCUAAGAAAGAUUGUUCUCAUAGAUUUAAAACUAAAUUUUUAUUUCGUGAAUUACAAAUUAUAAAAUGUAUUAAACAUCCAAAUAUUAUUAAUUUCAUUAAAAUAAUCGAAACUACCAAGUUUGUAUAUAUAAUAAUGGAACUUGCCGAUAAAGGAGAUUUGCUGGACUUAAUCACUAAGGAAAAAUAUAUUAAUGAAGAAAAAACUUGCAAAUGGUUUCAUCAUUUAGUGGAUGCUAUUGAUUACUGCCAUAAUAAGGAAAGUGCAAAAAGAGGAUUAUUAUAACUGGAUCAUCUCAUUGGGAGGCCGCAUAAUCAUUUGAAUAGGCCUGGCAUUUAAGGAGGCUUUAAAAACAUUUGUUAUAAAUUCAUCAUUUUAUCG